AUGAAAUAUUUAUUUAUUUCACUUAUAUUUUCUAUAGUUGCAUUGGUAAAUGGUGCGUAUUUGUUUUUUGCAUCUAAUAAGCUUGAAAUAACUGUCUUGAAAGCUAGUAAAGUUUUGUCUCCGAAAAAAGGUGAUAAAUGGAAAUCUGGUUUCCAAUUAGUUCAAUGGGAAUAUAAAUUGCCUGGUAUUGAUACUGUUAAUCUGUUUCUUGUUAAACGAAAUAUAAAUCCUCCACUUUAUACUUUGUUAGGUCAAGAUAUUAGUUAUAAGUCCGGUAAAAGUAGUGUUCACCUUCCUUCAAAUAUGCUUCCUGGUUCUGAUUAUUCGGUUAUGCUUACUGGUCAGAAUCCAUAUAAUGUUUAUGCUGAAAGUCAAUAUUUUUCUGUUCUACCUAGUGAUGAUGAUGACUGUUAUAAAUAUCUCUAUGAUGAUGGUGCAGCUACACCUGGUCCUACACCUAGUGAUAAUCCACCUACUGUAGAACCAGAGCCUGAGCCUGAACCUUCUCUUGGUCCUGAGCCUCCUCUUGAACCUGAUUGUGAUGAUUGUGAAGAUUGUUCUGAAGAUGAAAUGUGUGGAGAAUGUUUCGCUAAUGAACGAUGUGAAUGUGAUGGUUGUGAAACGUUAACAGAUUCUCAUAAGCCUUUUGUAACUGAACCUUCUGGCUCGGAUGGUAAAGGUGUUGUUGAUGUUGGUUCUAUAAAUAAAAUUGCUGGUUUCUGGUUAAUAUUGAUAAUUACUAUGUCUAGUAUAUUAUUUUUGUGA